GUUAUACUGAGAGUCACGUAUCACCUACAAUACAGGCAGGGCUUCGGAAUAAGUUACAUCUACAAUCACCACCAUGGCAGACCCCAACAACCCUCCCCUGUCGUACGAGGCGUCCGCCUCGACCUGCCACCCGCAUGUCGCCAGCACCUUGCCUACGGAGGUGGUCUCCAGCCUCAAGAACUCGCGCUUUCUUCAUCUUGCAACCACCGAUGGCAUGACCCCCCACAUCUCCCUCAUGUCAUACACCUACCUACCAUCCACUCCGUUCGACCCAUACCCCACGAUUAUCAUGACCACCAACCCAUCGUCUCGCAAGACCAACCAGAUUCUGACAAAUCCUCGUGUCUCCCUUCUGGUCCACGACUGGGUCUCCCACCGUCCUCCUACGCGCGCACCCCACCCCGGGGGUGACCGAGAGGGCUCUCCGCCACCCGCAGCCACCCGCUCAUCCUUGGCUAGCCUACUGCUGAACUUGAACACGAGUGCGCUGUCGAGCAUCUCCACGACAAUUGCCGGUACUGCCCGGGUCCUGGAGCCCGGUUCGGAGGAGGAGGAAUGGUGCAAGACACAGCACUUGGAGAACAACACUUUCGAGGAGGAGAUCGGCACGUUCGGACAGCAGCUCCAACAACAGCCGGGAGCCAGAAGGCCGAGCAUCUCGAUUGACAGUGACGUGCGGGUAGUGACUGUGCAGGUGCGGGAGGGACGUAUUGCGGACUGGAAGGGAGGGGUGCGUGAUUGGCAGUUGGUUCGUGAGGGCGAGUCGCAGGAGACCUUGAUCAAUGGAGUUGCGCCUGCAUGAUUUCGAGUUGCAGUCCUUUCUUUCUCAAUGUUUCCACCAAUUCAAACCCCGCAUUGUCUACUCUGUCCAACCCAUAUCUUGUCCAUAUCAGUGGCUUGGAGGAACAUAUGUCCAAAAGUCCAGUGACUAUAUCUGCGUAUUAUCAAACCCAACAUGUCUACACA